CAAACAAAUCUUGGUUCGCCCUCUUCAAGCUGCAGCAAACCACGUUUACCAGACUGAUCCUCUUGGAUUGGCAGUCGACCUGCCUUUGCCCAAGUUCCAAAUUGAGCACCCACUGCCUUCAGGCUAACUAUCACAGCAACCCGGAAUCACAUCUGACUUACCAGACUAAACUCACUUCUUUGGCAGCAUCUGCAAGGAUGUCGUCCCCUCCAAUGGCUGGCGCUGCGGAGGAUUUGCAGGGCGACCCGCCGAACGAAGACCUGCCCGAGAAUCUUGAUAUGGGCAAGAUCCAACUGCAAGAUGACAAGGCGCAGGAAGGCAAGAAAAAGAAAAAGAAAAGCCGCAGCGCCAAGAAGAAAAUCACUGGAUUCGAGGAGUACUACUGCGACCCUCCCAUAACACCAGCCGAGCACAUUGAGGAGCAGGAGGUUAUUUACGCACCGCACCGCCCCUUCGUCGACCGCAUCGAGGAGUGUAUCCAGCGGUACCGUGCUCGUCGCCGUCUGGGCCCAGAGCGUGAAAAUCUGUUCUCCAAGUAUCUCACUCUUGGUGGGGUCGAUGCCACGGUGCGCCAGUUCCAGGGCACGCGAGCUCUGGACAAUGAUGUCCUGAAGGAUGCCAGCAAAGCAACAGUCCGAGAGAUAACAGCUGAUGAUGUGAUUCAACGCGGUGGCGAUGGGAAUCUCGCCUCUCGCUUCUACAACCCCAACCACCCCGAGCAUUGGGACGUCGACUUCACGGGCGUUGCUGCAGGAUUCUUGUCUGAACACCUCCCAACAAUGGCUGGGUCGGAUACCAAAUACUACCAAAUGGGCGUCGAGGUUGUUCUCAACUUCCUCAAGUAUGUCGACAUGCACGACGUCUGUCCUGAGUAUCACGCCGACGUCAUGGGUGCACAGCUUGUCUGCAAAAAGGCUCUACAUGAGAUGCCUGCUAUCUGGAAACUUUCUGACCUGCUGCCCGGAGACUUCAAUACCGCAGUCAGCAUAGUCUACUGCAAGACGGGAGAGGAAAGAAUUGUUUCUGGCAAUCAAGCUAGAAUGGCUGCUGACCGCAAGUAUGCCCAACUCAGCCAGGGAGCCACCCUGGCUAUUAUACUCGGGAACAAGACUCUUCCAACCGACUACAAGCCGACCGUUACAAAGACAAUUGCGCUGUCCUUCGAGGUCUGCAAGAUCAACUUUCCAGAUGUUGUCGCUCGAGCGAAGUACAUAUCUAUCAACAGGUACCUUUCCGAAUAUCCCGACAUCAAGCCUUGCGGAACCUUUACUGCGCGCCCAGUCGUUAUCCGAGACGGUUGGGAGAAUACCAUGGUAGAUUCGAUUCCCGAAGAGUACUUGGGCGAGUCGUGCUUCGUGCUGGAGGAGGAAAUCCUGAAACUCUUGAACGUGGGAAUGAAGCUGACCAUGCGAGUCGGCACUUUCGGCUAUAUCGGCCUUAGAUUCAUCGAGGAAAUCAAGAGCGUCAAACCGAGUUUCUACGUCUUCUUACCGCAGGAACUGAUGCUCCAGUUCAAGGAGCCUGUGCUCAAUCCUCGUCCGGCGCCAAGUUUUCACGACUUUGACGGUAGCGGGAACCUCUUGGAUGGGAUUCCGGAUGGCGGUGAUGAUGAGUAAAGGAUGAGGCUGGUUGCGGGCGUUCUUUGGUUGCGGUUGGGGUCAUCAAUGAGAUACAGGGGCUGGGAGGCCGGCGUCGUUGGGCAGAUACCUUACACCUAAAUGAAGGUAUCUAGGUAUGGAGCUGGCUAGCUGAAUCGACCCCGUUUCUUAGAGUCCUCCCAGGUCGAGUUAUCUUCAGUUAUUGCCGUCAGAAUGCAGAUACCCUACCUUAGGCUCUGCGUCCGUUUCACUGGUGGCACUCUUGCGAGCUUCCAUCAUUCGUACUUGUGUUGGGCUAGACCUCGGCCGUGCAAGAGCCGGAAAAGGAUCUGAAUGAGUGACAUAGAACUAGAAAAGUCACGUAAUUAUUCCUGAGUGCUU